AUGCCGGGAAAUGGCGGUUAUUUGGCACGUCAAUGGCCGCAGGCGCCACUUCAGCCCAUCAACCAUACCCACAAACCCUCCGUGGGAGGCUCCAACUCUCUCUACGGUGGUACAGCCAGCCAAGAAGGGCAGGAGGACGAGCGGGAGUCUGUCAGCCAGGCAGCUGGCGCCACUGCUAGUGGCAGGGCCCGGAUGAGAGUGUCCAAGGCUUGUGAUCGGUGCCGUACCCAGAAGAUCAAGUGCUCAGGCACCAGCCCUUGCGUGACGUGUGUCAAGCUGAAGAAGGAGUGUUCGUACUCCUCCACGUACGGCAUGGAGAAGGGACGGUCACCAGACGGUGACGGAGACCAGCAAGGAUACAAACGGCGCAGAACUCGUGAGGCACCCAUUUUUGGGCUUCCAGUGGUCAACAGAGGCUUGGACAAGCAGUACGUGGAUCAUCUAGAGAACCGGGUCCAGUACCUCGAGUCGUUGCUUGCGGCCAACUCCAAUUCCACCUUCAAGACCCCAGACACCCAUAGGGAACCUCCACUAACCUUGUUGAGUGCCAGCAGCAAGUGGAGGUUCUCGAGAAGACACCAGAACUUACUCACAGCAGAGCUUUGCAAUCAAAUGUACCUGAAUCUCUCGGAGGAGUCCCAGAGCUUGGUCACAAUGCCGCGGAUGCAGUACUUUGGGUGGAACAUGAGUGGGUGCAACUACCUAAGUCCAGAAGAUCUUCCCAAUAUGCCUGAAUACACCCUUGACAUAGACUGCGACGCGUUGAUUGAUUACUAUCUCGACGAGGUGAACCCUCUCUUUUCCAUUCUCCACGAAACCGUGUUCCGUGAACAAGUCGAGGCAUACGACAAGCUCUUGAAAGAACAGUUGACCUUGAACAAGAAUGUUAACGACCGCGAGUCGAAAACCAACCAGACCAGGUUGUUCUCGGCGAUCCUAUACUUGGUGUACGCAAUCUCAAUCAGAUUCAUGGAGAUGGGCAAACCCAGAGGGCCCUCGCUUGCGAUGCUCAAGCUUGAAGAGCAAUUCUUCCGGUACGGAUACCGAGUGGUAUCCAUUAUCAGUUUUGAAUGGGAGUCAUUUGAGUUGAUUCAAUGCUGGUGUUUGAUUGCGUUGUACUUAAGGGUCACGCAUCGUCAGACAUCAGCUUACCAUGCCAUGGGCCAGGCUAUCUUGACAUCCCAUUCCAUGGGUAUUGGUCAGAAUAUUUCUAAGCUCAAGGAGGCUACUCCAUAUGAGGUUUUGAAAGCAAAGAGAGUGUUCUGGACAGUUUACACUAUGGACAGACUUUUUGGUAUGCAAACUGGACGCUACGAGGGCUACAGCGGUCAAGAUACAGUGCGCCCUUUUCCUUCAAUGGUUUUUAAGAAAGAAGCAAUUGGGGAUGACUGGUUGACUCCUGCUGCCUUUGCCACCAUUCAUUUGGCCAGAAUUGCUAAUUUCAUUCAUACCACCAAGCAUGACGAACCAGGGCCAGUAAAGUACCAACAAAUAAACAAAGAAUUAGCAAUAAUGGAAGAGUGGUUCAAUGAGAAUGGCUACAAUAAUGAUGAUAUUUUUGCUGAGCCUGAGAUUCCAGAAGAGCAUGACCCUGCCGACAAGAAGCGACCAAGAUACGCAAGAGUCAAGAAGAUUAGUCCACUUAUCAAGACUCAAGUCAAGCUUCAUUUUUACGAUAUUGUUCUCUCAGUACACGGAAAAUUGGUCUUCAACUACUUGGGCAAGAAGAUCGAAUCUGAGGGAUUGCUGAUUGACAUGGUAGUAGAUGCUUGUGACGGUAUUGUAAAGCUUCUUACCAAAUGUCAGAAAGCAGGCAAACUAUUUGUGCCAUGGUAUCAGCAGCUACUCUUGCUAUUCAAUGUCGGAAUCUACGCGAUCACAUUGAUCAACGGAGGUAUUUGCAUCAUGCAGGCGAGAACCAUCUUGAAAGGCUGUAUCCAGCUAUGCUCUGCCCUUAAAAAGGCAUCUGUCCGGGAUGAGUCUUCUCGCAAAGUGAUCAUAAAAGAAAGAUUUAAAAUGGCCAAGGAAUGCUUGUGGGCAUUGAAAAUGGCCAACAGAAUGUUGAGCUUGAGACUACAAGAGGAUGUUAAGAUUCUAGGGAAUAUUGGUAUUGACCACGGAUCCUCGGAUGUCAACAUCCAGAUGUUCUCGCAGCUAGGGUUGAACCACGAAAGAACCAACAAAAGGAAGCAGCCCCAGGAUGACGAGUUCAGUGCGUUGUUGAAGAAACAAUUGCACAGAUCAGAUGGCAACAUGCCCUUGGGCGACGGUAUGGACCCGCAACAGUACUCGAACCAGGAGCACACCCCAAGUUCCACCACCUCGCUCGACCAGAAUGGGUACCCUGAUCAAUCAGGAAUGUUGGGCACCCCAGAAGGUGGCGAGGGGCAGGGCAUGAACGAAGUUGACUAUAUGUUAGGAAAUCUCCAGUGGUUUGACCAAUGGAUGGACUUCAACUAUGAGUUCGAUGACACAGGCAAUCUUGUACAAUAA